CUUCUUUUCUACAUUACAUAAUGCUCAAUAAAUUGAGCAAUAUUUAUAGGUGAAAUAUGUACACCUAUAUUGACAUUUUUACACAAGUAGAAAAUUCAAAAUCAAAUUUGUACAAAAAGGACUUUUGUUAGUCCAUAUUUUACAACAAAAAUAUCAUUUUUUUUUCCAUUUUACCAGAUUUAAAAAAAAAUACAUCAAAAUUCCUGAAGUUGGGAUUCGAAUUUUAUCGAUUCUUCCUAUCGAUUGGGGAAAAUAAAGCUUCUUGAUUUAUAUUUACCACUUUUCUUAUUUCAGACCUUCCCUUCGCAGAUUUCUUGUCCGAUUUAAGUUUGUUUGAUUGGUGGUAAAAUGGGAGAGCUGAAGGUGGAAAAGCAUGCCAAAUACAUUUUAUCAGUUGAAAAGAGAAAAGAUGAUUUUGAAUCAGUGGUGAUGGAGCACCUACGAAUAAAUGGCGCUUAUUGGGGAUUGACUACUCUUGAUAUUUUAGGAAAGCUUGGUGUUGUUGAUCAAGAUAAGGUUGUUUCAUGGGUCAUGCAGUGCCAGCACGAAUCUGGCGGUUUUGGUGGAAAUAUAGGACAUGACCCUCAUGUAUUAUAUACACUCAGUGCUAUUCAGGUCUUAGCCCUGUUUAACAAGAUAGAUAUUCUUGAUGUUGAGAAGGUUGCCAACUAUAUUGCCAGCCUACAAAAUGAAGAUGGGUCCUUUAAUGGUGACAUAUGGGGUGAAGUUGAUACAAGGUUUUCUUACACUGCUAUAUGCUCUCUUGCAUUAUUACGUCGCUUGGACAAAAUAAAUGUGGAAAAUGCUGUAAACUACAUUGUGAGUUGCAAGAAUUUGGAUGGUGGAUUUGGAUGCACUCCUGGAGCAGAAUCUCAUGCUGGACAAAUUUUCUGUUGUGUUGGAGCCCUUGCUAUCACUGGUUCAUUGCAUCAUGUUGACAAGGAUCUCCUCGGAUGGUGGUUAUGUGAACGACAAGUGAAAUCGGGAGGUCUAAAUGGGCGGCCAGAAAAGCUUCCUGAUGUCUGCUAUUCAUGGUGGGUUCUUUCCAGUUUGAUCAUGAUCGAUAGAGUUCACUGGAUUGACAAGGAAAAACUCGUUAAAUUCAUCUUGGAUUGUCAGGAUAAAGAAAAUGGUGGAAUUUCUGAUAGGCCAGAUGAUGCGGCCUGUCUCUUCUCGAAUAUCCGGGUGUGAAAGCUAUAGAUCCAGCGUAUGCACUGCCAGUUGACGUUAUAAAUAGAAUCUUCAUAGGCAAAUAAACGUAGCCAGCUCGAAUGAAUUGUAUUGUUGUUUUACUGGUAAGUGAUGAAAUAAGAUAACUAAUGAUGAUGCAAAUAUCGUCGUGGGCAUGGUGAUUUUGUAUAAUCGUCAAUUUUUUCUUCUUCUUUAGUUUCACACUUUCACACAGGCUGACAGGCAGUUGAACUUUGAUGUUCAGUUUUAGUUGCAAUAUGGAGAUUGGUUAAUUUGAGUUACUUCGGUUGUAGUUGCAAUCCGGAGACGAAUGUAAUAAUUAAAGUUGAAUGUGAUAUAUUUUAGUAAAAUAAUAAUUGCGGAAAUGGAGAUUGUUUAAUUUAUG